AUGAAAAUCCCAUUUGAAAGUUGUUUAACUUGUAAGCCAAGGAAAAAGUUUAGUUCAAAUAGGGGAACGUUGUUCACUCCCACGAGACCCCAAAGAGAUGUUUUGGCAGCAGAGAGGUUACCACCAAGGGAUCGUAGUAAAGGAAAGGAGAAGGACCUCACAAAAUUUUGUGAAUUCCACAAUGACCAUGGGCACGAUACAAAUGAUUGUCGCAUAUUGAAAAUCAAGAUGAAAGAAGCCAUGAAGACAGGAAGAUUGAGCAACCUAAUAAAGGAGUUGAAGGAGCAGCAUCCAAAGAAUGAUCAAAGAAGGCAGAAUGUGGUCGAACCUAUGGGCCCAAAACAGGAACCCCUUGAUGAACCCAUCAUGAUGGUGAAGUAUGCAAGAGAAAGACACUUUACAGAAGGAGAAAGACAAAGGUGGGAACAAACGGCUAUAACCUUCCCGAUGCUACCUCCAGAUGAAGGAACAGAAGGUCCAAUUCUGAUCAAAGCAGUUAUAGGGAACCAUCCAGUGAAUAGAGUCCAUCUAGAUACUGGAAGUGGUUGUGAAAUAAUGUAUGAACACUGCUUCUUAAAGCUAAGAGCCGCCCUGCGGAUGAAGAGAAGAGAUUCGGGAAAUGCAUUAGUAGGAUUCUCUGGAGAGAAGUCUUGUCCUUUGGGAGAAAUAAAUCUUAAAGUGGUAAUUGGGGAACAUCCAAGAACAAGAAUGGAGGAACUAACGUUCAUAAUCAUCAGGGCGGAAUCUCCUUACAAUGUGAUAUUAGGCCGAACAGCCAUGCGCCGAAUGGGAAUAAUACCUUCCCCACUCCACGGUUUAGCCAUGUUCCCGACAAGAAAUGGAGUUGGAUGUGUACGUUCCGAAUAUAGGAAGCCUCACCAUUGUGCACAAGUAGAAGCUCCAACAAGUGAAGCACCGAAACCAAAGAAGCUGGAGCUAAAUAACGAAGCACAGAAAAUAUUUAUUAAUCCUGAAUAUCCAGAUCAGUCUAUAUCCAUAGGGAAGCAGUUGCCAACAAAGGUCAAGAAGCAGCUUAAAGACAUGCUCCGAUUAAACAAAGACGUAUUUGCAUGGGCUCCUUCAGACAUGAUAGGGGUACCAAGGCAACUCAAGUUUGGAGAUGAAGUGUUCGAUACACAGCAUAGGUUAAAUGUUCGUCCACAUGUCGAACCCAUCAAACAAAAAAGAAUGAGCCUAGCUCCGGAGCGGGAACGAGCAGCACAAGAACAAGUAUCGGAUCUAGUUAAAGCAGGCAUACUUCGAGAGGUUAAAUACCAAAGCUGGGUAGCAAACCCAGUAAUGGUAAAAAAGCAUGAUGGUGGUUGGAGAAUGUGCAUGGACUUUACGGAUAUAAACAAAGCUUGCCCGAAAGAUUGUUACUUGCUACCUGAGAUAGACUGGAAGGUCGAGUCUUUGAUGGGCUUCAAAUUGAAGUGUUUUUUGGAUGCGUAUAAAGGGUACCACCAAAUUCAGAUGCAUAAAGAUGAUGAGGAAAAAACAGCGUUCUACACCGGAGAAGGAAUAUACUGCUUCAAGAAGAUGCCAUUCGGCCUCAAGAAUGCUGGAGCAACGUAUCAAAGACUUAUUGACAAAGCUUUUAGUGGCCAAAUAGGGAGGAACCUAGAAGCGUAUGUGGAUGACAUGGUCAUAAAAAGUAGAACGGAGGAAGAUAUGUUGUGGGACAUUCAAGAGACUCUUGAAACGUUAAGGUCCAUAGGAAUGAAGCUCAACCCGAAGAAGUGUCAUUUUGGCAUGAAAGAAGGGCAGUUCUUGGGCCAUAUAAUAACAAAGCAGGGUAUACGCCCAGACUCGAAAAAGGUGAAGGAAAUCAAAAGUAUGAAAUCCCCAAGAACAUUGAAGGAAGUGCAAAGUCUGAACGGGAAGCUAGCAGCACUUCACCGCUUCUUAUCAAAAUCAGCAGAUCGGUCCCUUCCUUUUUUCAAAACUCUAAAAGGAUGCACCGACAAACAAAGUUUCCAUUGGACGCCCGAAGCAGAAAAGGCUUUUGUGGAGCUAAAAGAAUAUUUGGACCACCUCCCAACCAUGGUGGCUCCAGGGAAGGGGGAGGUGCUCCAGAUGUAUCUGGCAACAUCGGAAGAAGUUGUAAGUGCAGUUUUGAUGGCAAAUGUGAGAGACAACCAGAUGCCAGUAUACUAUGUAAGUAGGGUGCUCCAAGGGCCUGAAACUAGAUACUCAGAAAUAGAGAAACUAGCAUUAGCACUCAUACAUGCGGCAAGAAGGCUAAGAAGGUAUUUUCAAGCUCAUACCAUCCAAGUGUUAACAAAUAAGCCCAUCAAGCAAGUGUUAGCAAGGCCGGAAGCUUCGGGAAGGCUAGCAAAAUGGGCAAUAGAAUUGGGGGAGCAUGAAAUUGAGUUUCGGCCAAGAAGUUCCAUUAAAGGACAAGUAUUAGCAGAUUUCAUAGCCGAGACACCAGUCAAAGAUGCUAAAAAGAAGCGAAAAGAACCUGAAGUAACACUCCCGGAGGAUGCAGAAUCAAGCUCCGAGGACCCUGUGUGGAAGCUUUUCACGGAUGGAGCUUCAAGUGCAGACGGGUCCGGGGCUGGACUUAUCUUGACAAGCCCAGAAGGAAAAGAAUUUACUUAUGCUUUAAGAUUCAAUUUCAAAGCCUCAAACAAUGCGGCAGAAUACGAAGCAUUACUAGCAGGUCUUCGAAUAGCAAAAGCAAUGGGCGUGAAGCAUGUCCAUGCUCAUGUGGACUCUCAAAUUGUAGCCUUCCAAGUAAAUGGUACCUAUGAAGCAAAGGAGCCAUUAAUGAAAAAAUAUCUAGAAAAGGUCAAGGAGAUAAAAGAGAAGUUUCGAUCAUUCCGAAUAUCGAACAUCAGCCGAAACAAAAACAAAAUAGCGGAUGCCUUAAGUAAGCUUGCAUCCACCUCCUUUGCUCACUUAACAGAAGAAGUCCUGGUAGAAGUAUUGGAAAAAAGAUCAAUUGAAGAACCAGAAGUGAAUGUUAUAGAAGAAGAAGGACCAACAUGGAUGACGCCAAAUAUAGAGUAUCUUACUAGCGGCUUGCUCCCAGCAGACAGAGAUCAAGCCCGAAAGAUAAGAGUAAAAGCACCCCAAUAUGAACUUCAAGAAGAAGGACUAUACAAAAGGUCAUAUAUGGGACCCCUACUCAGGUGCGUAGGUCCAAACCAAGCUAAGGGAAUAAUACACGAAGUGCAUAGAGGAUCUUGUGGCCUACAUGCUGGACCAAGAAUGGUGAUAGCUAAAAUAGGAACGAUGGGGUACUAUUGA